AUGGUUUCCUAUGGAAUUUAAUCUUUAAUUCACAUAAAGGUAUCUUUUACAAGAAUAGCAAGCAUUUUAAAUAUUGAGAAUUAAGAAAUGAAAAACCUUGACCAAACCCAUUAAAAGUAAGAAUUCAAUACAAAUAGCUAAUUUUACACUGGCCCAAGAAUUCAACUUUAAAACUUCACCUCAUUUUGGACAAACUCAGUAACUGAAACAACUAAGCCUAUUCUUAAAAAUUUAACAUUAGAUAUUUAAGCAGGAUAAUCUUGGGCUUUUAUCGGAAGAGUUGGUUGUGGAAAAUCUACUCUUCUUAGCGCUUUCUUAAAUGAGAUUCCUGCUUAUAAAGGGCGAAUAAAGGUAUUCUAUCGAUAGCGUAUGUUUGAAUAAAAACCAUUUAUCUUUCCUGAUACAAUAAGAAGGAACAUUUUAUUUGGCAGAACUUAUGAUAAAGCAUUGUACCAGAAAGUGUUGCUUGCAUCUUAAUUGGAAGAAGAUUUAUCUUAAAUGAAAUAUUAAGAUCGAACUUAGAUAGGAGAAAGAGGAAUCACUCUCUCUGGAGGAUAGAAAGCUCGUAUAGCUUUGGCUAGAGCUUUAUAUCAGUAAGCAGAUCUUUAUUUAUUGGAUGACCCCUUAUCUGCUGUGGAUGCUAAUGUUGCUAAAAAUAUUUUUCAGAUGGCCAUUAAGGAAUUUAUUUUUCAAUAUUAACCUAUUGUAAUUUUGGUCACUCAUUAAAUUUAAUAUGCUGUCUAGUGCGAGAAAAUAGGAAUUUUAAAUGAUGGAGAAUUAAUUGCCUAAGGUUGCUAUAAUGAUGUUAAGUCAAACUUAUAUAUGAUCAAUGAAGAUUUUGCAUAAUAACUAAAUAGCAAUCUAGAAUAAAAAAAAAGUUAAGAAUUGAUUUAACAACCCUCUUAACAAAGAAGGAAAAUCUAAAAUUAAGUUACAAAUAACUUAAUUGGAGAUGAAGCUGAUUAGUAAUAGCUGAUUACUUUGAAAACAUAUUUGAGAUAUUACCAAUUUUGGAAUAUUAUCAUUAUUGUUUGUAUUUUACUUUUAGAGGUAGGCUCAGAAGUUAUUAUUAACUUCUAUUAAAGAGUAGUCUCACUUUUUCAAUUAUUCUAAGAUGAAAAUGAUAUUGAUACUGCUUACUAUAUUUUAGGAAUGUUAACAUUAGGGCUCUUUCUCUGUAAUUUAGUAAAAUAUUCUUUAAACACUUAUUCAGUACAGACUUCGAUUUAAAAAAUACAUUAAUAGAUGUUGAAAUCAUUAACUUUAGCACCAAUUUCAUAUUUUGAUGUGAAUCCAUCGGGAAGAAUUCUUAAUAGGUUUUCCAAUGAUCUAUCAUUGUGUGAUAAUCUAACAAAUUAUGUGAGCUUGGAUGUUUUAGAAAUAAUUGGUAAUUUCCUAUUUUCCUUAAUAACAUUAGCAAUACUAUAGCCAUAUUUUUUGAUUAUGGCUGCUUUUAUUAUCAUUAUUGAUGUAUAUUAGUUUAACUAUGCUAAAAAAAUUAUAAGUUAAUUAAACGAAAUUGAAUUAAUGGCAAGAAGCCCUUUAUUUGAUUUCCUAAAGAAAACCUUGGGGGGAGUUAUUCAAAUAAGAGUUUAUCAAUAAUAAGAUUGGUUUAGACAACAAUUCUUAGAGAUCUCAAAUAAAUGCAAUCUUAGUGCAUUAGCAUAUUAUUAUUCUUCAAGAUCCUUUGGAUUUAAUUUAGAUGUUGUUGGAUUUAUUGCUUCUACAGUUGGUAUAUUUGUAUUUUUAAAAUUAAAUUAUGAAAACAUAGCAAUAUUAUCUCAAGGUUUAUUGAUAUUGACUACAUAUAAUGAUUCUUUACAAUGGGGAUUAAGACAAUUAAUUACGUUUGAAACUUAAAUUAUUUCCUACAAUAGAAUGUUUUAAAUUAUUGACAUUCUUCCAGAACCUCCUCACAAUACUGAAGAAGAUUUUAAACAUCCAAAUUUUCCUAAGGAUGGAAAAGUUAAAUUUGAAAACGUGUUUAUGAGAUAUCGAUAAAAUUGUGAUUUAGUCCUUAAAGGGUUGUCAUUUGAAAUUUAAAGUGGAGAGAAGAUUGGUUGUGUUGGAAGAACAGGAGCAGGGAAAUCUUCAAUCAUAUAAGCAAUAUUUAGAAUGUCAGAAAUUGAAAAUGAUUCAAAAUCAAAAAUAUCAAUUUCUGAUUUAAAUAUUACACAAUUGGGAUUGCAUAAAUUAAGGAGUAAUAUUGGAAUCAUUCCUUAAUCUCCAUUUUUAUUUACUGGAACAAUUAGAAGAAAUUUAGAUCCAUUUGAUAAGUACAAAGAUGAAUAAUUAUGGUAAGCUUUAGAACAAACAGAUCUCUUAAGUCAUGUCAAAGGUUUAUCAAAAGGAAUUUUGACUGAUAUGAGUGAUGCAAAUUCGGUUUUUUCAGUAGGAUAAAAACAAUUAAUUUGUUUAGCCAGAAUAAUUUUAGAGAAAAGAAAAAUUAUUGUUUUGGAUGAGGCAACUGCAAAUGUUGACAUGAAGACUGAUGAAUUCAUUUAAGAAACUCUAAAGAAUAAAUUUUCAGAUUGCACUCUAAUAACUAUAGCACAUAGAUUGAACACAAUUGCUGAUUACGAUAAGGUUAUGGUGGUAAGCGAAGGAUAAGUAAUAGAAUUUGAUACUCCUUUUAAUUUGUUAGCUAAUUCCGUAAACUCUAUUUUUGUAGAUAAAGCCACUGAGUUUUCCAAACUAGUGAAAAAUACUGGGGAGCAGAAUACAUAAUUAAUAUUUGACAUCGCUAAAUCAAAGCAACUUAAAAAAUGA